AAGAACCGAGCAUCAACUGCACUGCUUUUCUAACAAUCGAAUGCAAGUUGUAAAUGUUGUGGGCUCACUGGUGUUCCAAACGUGGUUUAAUCCUCCAGGAUCCACCGAUGUCAGUUCAGUAGUUCCGUCUCGAGCAUUUUUUUAAUAGCUCCACAGUUUUGUGUUAAAAUGGGGGAACUUUCUGUGGCCACGCCCCUCCAAACCGCGGACGAGGAUGUCGGCGUCUCUGAUUGGCUGAGAGACACCGAGCGACAACACCUGCUUAACUCCUUCAUCCAAAUUGACACCCGCGACUCUGGGAGAUAUAGGCAGCAUCCACGACGGCGCAUGCAUACACUUCAACACCGAGCCGCAGCCGCGCGGUUCCCAGAUCUGAGGUGAACCCCCACGCGCCAUCCCCGCAAGCUUUCCACGUAUAACUGGCGGAUCUUAGCGGCAGAAAGGGGCAGAGACGCGAUGUUCCUUAAAGUGGCCGCAGCGCUGCUGGUUCUCUCGGUACUGGAGCAAGUGGUGGGCUCGGAUAAUAUCGACAUUUACGACACCCCGCCGGAGAAGCCCGCCGUCCCCAAAGGCCGCCUCUCCCUGCAAAAUACAGCUGAGAUCCAGCACUGCUUGGUGAGCGCAGGCGACGUCGGCUGUGGCGUGUUUGAGUGCUUUGAGAAUAACUCCUGCGAGAUUCGAGGGCUACAGGAGAUCUGCAUGACGUUCCUGCAUAAUGCUGGCAAAUUUGACUCUCAGGGUAAAUCCUUCAUCAAGGAUGCUCUGAAAUGUAUGGCCCACGGGCUUCGACACAAGUUCAGCUGUAUCAGUAGGAAGUGUGUUUCCAUUAAGGAGAUGGUGUUCCAGCUCCAGAGAGAGUGUUAUGUCAAACACAAUCUGUGCUCAGCUGCGAAGGAGAAUGUGGCCGUCAUGGUCGAGAUGAUCCAUUUUCAAGAUCUCUUCCCUAAAGGUCCUUAUGUGGAGCUGGUGAACAUUCUGCUGGGUUGCGGCGAGGAAGUGAAGGAGGCAUUAACUCGUAGUGUCCGGCUUCAGUGCGAGCAGAACUGGGGAGCUUUGUGCGACAGCCUCAGUCUAUGCUCCUCCCUGACGCCCUCGCCCUCGGCUGCCGAACAACGCCGCCCCUCGCCGUCUCACCCCCAGCCCGAGCACCCUCGGCACACGCGCCACGGGGACAGGGACAAAGCUGGCAAGGUUGGGCUCCACGCUCCUUCUCGCGGUCGCAAUCAGGGACUGCGCCGCCAGAGUCCAGAUGCCAGCGUGGCCGCGGAGCAGGAAGAGCCCUAGGCCACUGACAUUAGGAGGUGAAAAUUUAGGAGAUUACAACACUGAUAACCCUUAACACCAUUUACUAGCACAAUUGGACAUUGUCACAUGAACACACACACACACACACACACUGAGCAGAGGGAAACAAAAUCCUUUUCUGUGUACUCUUUUUCACCUUCUCCAGUCAUUCCAGCAGUCCCACAAGGUAAAAUUGCAGGGUAAUUGUGGCAUAGCAUGUAUUUUGACGCCUGCCUAUAGGCCACUUUUUUUUCUGGUUUUUUUUUUUUUUUGUUUUUUUAAUGAAUAAUGUUUGUUAUUAUCGUGAUUAUUUCUAUUUUUCGGACUGUUUUUGCUCUAAUUUAGCAUUUCUCUAAUCAUACUUACUGUAAGAUUUGACUCCAUUGGUAUUAUUUAUUUUCUUCUUUCAGCAAUGUUGAAAUAUUAUUCAAAUGUAAAUAGGAAAAAAGUAAUCUAUAUUUAUAUGAACAUGUAUGAAUAUAGUCAAAUCUAGAGUCGUUACGAUGCGUUUGAGGUAAUAUACAGUGUUUUCCUCACCAUAUUGCACCUGUUUCACAUGAUGUAGAUAUGUAACAUACACAGUCUUGUUUGCAAGUGGAAACGUGUGUUGUAAUUACAGUAUAUAGACACUUGAUAGUGGAAUACCAAUUGUACAGGUUUGAAGUCCAGUUCUGGCACAUAUUAAUUGUAGCGCAUUAUUACAGCCAUGACGCCAGCAGAAAAAGUUUUCAAAUAAACACACAAGUAAUACAUUCGAUGAAUUGAUUUCAAGUCACCCAAAACUGCAAAUUGUUGGCCGGUUAACAGUGCAGACGUGAGGAAUAUGCUAAGAUGUUUCAUUUAAAUGUCGACAAAUUCACAUCAUUCAUUGAGCAGAACACAUCAAUGUUACAUUUAAAGCUCUUCGCGUGCACUGGCAAAUGGUUCAACAUUCUCUCCAUGCUUGUUUCCCAUGUCGCCAUCAGCACCUGGUACAGGUGAACUAUCACACAAUGAAUGGCCUCAGCGUAUUGGAUACCAACAAGUGAGGCGAUUGAAUGUUUUGUUUUGACGAUGUUGAGCCACAAAUGUCUAUGCUGUUGCACUUUUGUCAGCUUUUGCUGGACUGCUGAAAGUUGAAGAGAACAAGUCAUGUGACGCGGGGUCCCCAACACGCCGCUUUUACGGGAUGCUGAAUUUGACCAAGUAUCAUCCAUAUCACCAAGUCCUGUAUAUGUGCUGAUUGAUCCGGACUGGAUGGAGACAUGUCGGCCGUUGCUGUGUCCCCUGCCUUGCGUGUGCCCUUGGAAAUUAGUCCUUUUUUCCUCUCAAGUCCCUCACCAAGGUCAGCAGCGAUGUGGGGGGGCCUGUUAUCUCAUCUGUUUAAGAUGCACGGCAAUACAUCGAGCACCCAGGAAGUGGGUUAUGUCCACACAUGGGGUAUGUUAUAAUCAAUGUUAUAUUUACAGAGGCCACGAGAGCUUUCCUCUGGGCCUCAGCCAAGAGCCUGCAACCCCAAGAGGCAGGCCUGUGUAGGAAGAAGCAGAGAGAAAGGCCCCUUUUUUUCUUUUCUUUUUUUUUUUUUUUUCGAGAGAUACUUCUCAGGUCACCGUCACAGGCUUUUGACCUUUUAAGGCCAGCCAUGCUUUUGCAGUCUAGAAAUGAAGUUUAGAAGUAUGACACACAUGCCUUCAAAUCACGGCGACAAUGUACAAUCAACACGUUCAUUUUAUUUGAUAUAAUGUAUAACCCCUCUAAUUUAGAAAUCUUUACAAUCUCCAUUCUUAGACCUUACUUCACCCCUCCCCCAAUUCUUUUCCAGAGGUUGGAGGCCUAAGGAGAAAUAAGCUAUUUUUCUUGAAUAUGUACUGUAUAUGUGUAAUGUGACAUUCUGUUUAAUGUAGUGGCUUUUCUUUAUAUACGUAUGUGUGUGUGUGUAUGUAUGGAGAACAAUAAACUAACCUGUUCCUUUUCUCA